UUUCCCGUGCUCCUCGGCGCGGGUCCACUUGGGGCAGGUCCUUGAGUGGGUGAGAUAACCGAUGGGAGCUUAUAGAAAAGUGGAGUCACUGCAGUCGAGGAACUCACGGCUGGUUCCUGUCAUUUAAAGAAUACUAGACGCCAAACUUGCAAUACAAGUUUAAGGGCGAAAGAUGAGCUAAGCUCCCGCCUGUCCAUUUGCGGCAGCAGCGGCCAACCCCGACCCGGGUUAAAAUUCCCGGGGAGUCUUCGCUGCUCCCAGCUCCUCUUCUUACUCCACUCUCCCACUCGGGGUCCCCUUCAGGGCUGGGAGUCUCAGCGGUCUCAGAUUGGUGUCGGAGGUGGGCGGAUGUGCUCUCCCGCCGACUCCCGGGAACUUGGGGGAGGCCGCUGAGCCCCGUCGCCCGCGGAGGACUUGCGUUCGCCUUCUGCACCCUCACCCGGGAGGGCAACACAGGGGAUUCCACCAUGAUCUCCGGUCUCUUCAGGGUGCGCCUGUGGGCCCCAGUGGGCGUCUUCACGUCGCUGGUACAUUGUCUCCACCAGCGGCGGGUGGCCAUGGCCGAGCUGCGGGGGGCGGACGACCAGAAGGCAGUCGACCAAAGCUUGCUGGAGCUGAAAAUGGUGCAAGUCGUGUUUCGACACGGGGCGCGGAGUCCUCUCAAGCCGCUCCCGCAGGAGGAGCAGGUGGAGUGGAAGCCCCAGCUAUUAGAGGUCCCCCCCCAAACUCAGUUUGAUUACACAGUCACCAAUCUAGCAGGUGGCCCAAAACCACAUUCUCCUUUCGACUCUCAAUACCAGAAGACCACACUGAAGGGGGGCGUGUUUGCUGGACAGCUGACCAAGGUGGGCAUGCAGCAGAUGUUUGCCCUGGGAGAGAGGCUGAGGAAGAAAUAUGUGGAGGACACCCCCUUUCUUUCGCCAACCUUCAACCCAGUGGAGGUCUUCAUUCGUUCCACUAACAUAUAUCGGAACCUGGAGUCUACCCGGUGUUUGCUGGCUGGGCUUUUCCAACGUCAGAAAGAAGGGCCCAUCGUCAUCCACACCGACGAAGCAAGCUCUGAAGUCUUGUACCCCAACUACCAAAACUGCUGGAGCCUGCAGGAAAGAACCAGAGGCCGGAAGCAGGCUGCUGCCUUGCAGCCAGGAAUCUCAGAAGACUUGGAGACAGUGAAAGAAGGGAUGGGCAUUGCCAGUGGUGAUAGAGUGGACUUCCUCAUCCUCUUUGACAAUGUGGCUGCUGAGCAGGUGCACAGCCUCCCGAGCUGUCCCACGCUGAGGAGCUUUGCACGGAUGAUUGAGCGGAGAGCUGUGGACACAGCCUUGUACAUCCUGCAAAGAGAAGACAGGGAAGGUCUUCAGAUGGCAGUCGGCCCAUUCCUCCACAUUCUGGAGAGCAAUCUCCUGAAAGCCGCAGACCCUGCCACUCCACCCGGCAAAACCAGAAAACUGUACCUGUAUGCAGCUCAUGACGUGACCCUCAUGCCUCUCUUAAUGGUCCUGGGGAUUUUUGACCACAAAUGGCCCCCGUUUGCUGUUGACCUGACCAUGGAGCUCUACCAGCACCAGGAAUCGAAGGAGUGGUUCGUGCAGCUCUAUUACCAUGGGGAGGAGCAGGUGCCAAAAGGUUGCCCUGACCGGCUUUGUCCCCUGGACAAGUUCUUGAACGCCAUGUCAGUUUAUUCCUUAAGCCCAGAAAAAUACCACACACUCUGCUCUGAAGCACAGGUGACGGGGCUUGGAAAUGGAGAGUAAUUUGUACAAGCAGGAUGUGUUGAUUUUUUUAAAUAAAAUGCCUUUUACACAAUG